GAACGUUUCUGUGAUGUAAUAGUCGAAGUAAAAGGUAAAGAGUUCAAAGCUCAUAAAGCUGUUCUAGCUGCAGUGAGCCCGUUCUUUCUUACACUUCUGGAAAGUAACAUGAGAGAGAGCAACCAACACUUGAUCAAGAUAGAACUUGAAGAAGCAACUGCGUCCAUCAUAGAAGAUGUACUAAAGUACGUUUACACUGGAAAUGUUUCAGUCACUGAAGAAAGUGCUCACAAUCUGGUUGCAACCGCGGAUUAUCUCCUUUUACCUGGCUUAAAAACGUUAGCUUGUGAUUUCUUUAAAGAAAUUUUGGCAACUGAAAACUGUGUUUUUAACUAUUACUUUGCUGAAAAGUAUCGAUGUGUAAGUCUAAAGGAAAAAUGCCUGGAGCUUAUCAUGUCAAAUUUUAGUGCUGUUAUGGAAACAGAUGAUUUCCUUAAUCUUGAUGCAAAGCAAAUCAUGGAAUGGGUGUCCAGUGAUGACAUCAUCAUCAAAACAGAGGAAGAUGUUUUUAAAGGAAUCGUGAAGUGGGUUCAUCAUAACAAAAUUGAAAGGGAAAAAGAAUUUUCUGUUUUGUUGCAUCAAGUCCGCCUUAAUUCUCUCCAGCAAGAUUAUCUGGUCAAUGAAAUGGUGAAAGAGGAGCUCAUAACAACUAACAAUGAGUGUUUAAACUUUGUUUUGGGAUCCUUGAAGUGGAUUUUUAACCCCAGAGUUGAAAGUAGUAUCAGACCCAGAACAUGUCUGCAAACACAGAUGAACGGUAUUUUUGUUUGUGGUGGAAGGAAAGCCCUGAGUUACUUUCCCAACAAAAACAUUUGGUAUCAGUUACCAAACAUGUUCAUGGAACAUCAGAAUCAUGCUGCCAUACAGUACCAAGAUAAAGUUUACACUUUUAGUAAACAAGACGGUGCAGAUUAUUACAUCCCUUCAACCAACACUUGGGGUGCAAUUAAAUCAGACCCUCCACUUUUCGCUGAGAAAUUUUGCAGCUCAUUUAUACUGAAAGAGAGAAAGACUUUGUAUGCUGUAUUACAGAUCUUCACAUAUAAUUGUUGCAUUUGUUAUUUUGAUCCUUCCAAGAGUGAAUGGAGAUAUUUUGUUAGACAUGAAAAGCUUCAGUGCUGGGGAGCCUGUGGUGUGACCGAUGGGCAACACCUCUAUGUAAUAGGUGGAACUAAAAACAACAUUCGUAAAGUCGUUGGAUCAACCAAAGUAUUAAGGGUUGAUCCUGAAGAUAAUGAAUGUAAAGAGGUUGCAUCUAUGAAUGAGGCAAGGCAUAAUGCGUUUGGAACGGCCAUGAAUGGCAAAAUCUAUAUAGCAGGUGGAAUGCAAACCGAUGAAGAAAUUUGCAGAGUUCUUGUAAAUGACACAUGUGAGAUGUAUGAC